AUACUAUGAUCAGCUGUGUGCCAUUGAACCAAAGUUUCCAUUCUCUGAGAAUCAGAUCUGCGUAACAUUUACAUGGAAAGAUGCUUUUGAUAAGGGAUCACUUUUUGGAGGAUCUGCCAAAUUAGCUCUGGCAAGUUUGGGCUAUGAGAAGACCUGUGUUUUGUUCAACUGUGGAGCAUUGGCAAGCCAGAUUGCAGCAGAACAGAACCUAGACAACGAUGAAGGACUAAAAGCUGCAGCCAAGCACUACCAGUUUGCAAGUGGUGCUUUCCAACACAUUAAAGACACUGUCCUGUCAGCCUUGAAUCGAGAGCCCACAGUGGACAUCUCUCCAGAUACAGCUGGAACUCUCAGUCUUAUUAUGUUGGCUCAAGCCCAAGAAGUCUUUUUUUUGAAAGCUACAAGAGAUAAAAUGAAAGAUGGUAUCAUAGCUAAACUAGCUAACCAAGCUGCAGAUUACUAUGGUGAUGCUUACAAACAGUGUCAGUAUAAAGACACUCUGCCCAAGGAGGUGUUUCCAGUCCUGGCUGCAAAGCACUGCAUUAUGCAGGCCAAUGCAGAGUAUCACCAAUCUAUCCUGGCAAAACAGCAGAAGAAAUUUGGUGAAGAAAUUGGGAGGUUGCAGCAUGCAGCAGACUUGGUGAAGACGGUGGCGUCCCGGUACGAUGAAUACAUAAACGUUAAGGACCUGGCUGACAAAAUCAACCGUGCACUUACAGCUGCCAAAAAAGACAAUGACUUCAUCUACCACGACAGGGUCCCUGACCUGAAAGAUCUGGAGGCCAUUGGAAAAGCCAGUCUGGUGAAGGCUACUCCAGUUGCUGUCCCCCUCAGUCAGAAAUUCACUGACUUGUUUGAGAAGAUGGUUCCACUGCAAGUUCAGCAGUCUGUGAGCCUUUGUAACCAGAGGAAGGCAGAGCUGGUCAACAGGUCAAUAGCCCAGAUGAGAGAAGCCACAAAUCUGGCAAAUGGUGUGUUGGCUUCCCUCAAUCUCCCUGCUGCUAUCGAGGAUGUGUCUGGGGAUACUGUUCCUCAGUCUAUUCUGAACAAGUCGAAGUCUGUGAUUGAACAGGGAGGAAUUCAGACUGUUGAUCAGCUGAUCAAAGAUCUGCCUGAACUGCUACAAAGGAACAAAGAAAUUUUAGAUGAAUCACUAAGAUUAUUAGAUGAAGAAGAAGCUACAGACAAUGACCUGCGAUCAAAAUUCAAAGAACGCUGGCAGAGAACACCAUCCAAUGACCUCUACAAGCCUUUAAGGGCAGAGGGAGCCAAUUACCAAAACAUCAUGAGCAAAGCUGUGCAGGCGGACGGGCAGGUGAAGGAGCGCUACCAGGCUCACCGGGACACCAUCGCCCUCCUCUGCAAGCCAGAGGCAGAGCUCAACGCAGCCAUCCCUUCUGCCAACCCGGCAAAAACACUCCAGGGGAAUGAGGUUGUUAGCGUAUUAAGAACUUUGCUAGCCAGUCUGGAUGAAGUGAAGAAGGAGAGAGAACAGCUGGAAAAUGACCUGAAAUCUGUGAAUUUUGACAUGACAAGCAAAUUCCUGACGGCACUGGCGCAGGAUGGUGCUAUAAACGAGGAGGCCAUCUCUGUGACUGAGCUGGACAGGAUCUAUGGGAGUUACACACAGAAAGUGCAGGAGUCCCUAAAAAAGCAGGAGGAACUGCUCAAAAACAUUCAG